AUGGACCGGCAACCUAUCCCUCCAGGAAAGCAUGAUCAGAGGGUGACAAAACUCUCCAACCGAGCUCACCAGUGCACAUCCCAGGCGGUCGUGGUGAACAACAACAUCGCUCUGCUGGCCUACAGCAUCGCAAAGAGAGCUUAUAUUAUCAUAAAACAGGAAGUAGUGUCAGACAAUUUUGAGCUGAGCAACUUCUCAGUGCCAAACACAUUGAGGAUUGUUCUGCUGGGCAAGACUGGAUCUGGGAAGAGCAGCCUGGCAAAUACCAUAAUUGGAAAGGAGGAUUUCAAAGUCCAAUGUUCUACCAAGAUAGAAGCCACUUGCUGUCAGACAGCGACUAGAUAUUUUGAGAAAAGGAGGCUGACUCUGACUGACACUCCUGGUUUCUUCCAUCCAAGAUGGUCUGAGCAGCAGCUGAAGGAUGAGGUAGUGAGGUGUGUCUCUGAGAACACUCCUGGGCCCCAUGUUUUUCUUAUUGUGCUCAAAGUGGAAAAAUUCACAGCGCAGGAGUCACAGAUCAUCAAGAAAAUAGAAGAAUAUUUUUCUCCAGAUGUCUUCAAUUAUUCUGUAGUUGUUUUCACAUAUGGCGACCAGUUAGAGCAAAUGAAAAUCGAGGAGUUUGUCAGUAAAAAUAACCAUCUGAAAGAUGUGCUGAAGAAGUGCGGUGGACGGUGCCACGUUGUCGAUAACAGACACUGGAAGAGCAACCAGCAGGAUGAAUACAGAAGCAACCAGUUCCAGGUGAAACAGCUGAUCAACACAAUUCAGCUGAUGGUGACCCAACGCCCAGGUGACUGCUACACCAUGAAUAUGCUGAAAGAGUGGCAGAGACAGCAAGCAGUCGCCAACAUCUUUGAGUGUUUGAAGAAAUUUACAAGAAAAAAGUUUGUGAGAAUCUUCUUUAGUGUUACGGUAAUUGUAGGUGUGAUUGUCGUGUGGAAAAGAAUGACAGAACGAACAACAGCCAUCAUUUAG